ACCCACAGGGGGUCCAAGAUGGCGGAGGCCGAGGUCAGCCGGAAGAUGGAACGGUGCGCGGCCGACACGGUGGUGAAGUUAGGUGUUGGCCUUGGAUUAGGAAUUGUAUUUUCUGUUUUUGCUUUCAAAAGGCAUGUAUGGCCUAUUACCUUUGGUGCAGGGAUGGGUUUAGGAAUGGCAUAUGCGAAUUGCCAGCAUGAUUUUCAGUCUCCAUAUCUCCUUCAUGGAAAGUUUGUCAAAGAUGAAUCACCGUAAUAUUUUCUGACUCUACUAACUGUUGCCCGUGAAUCAAUUCUACCUGUGUCCGUGCAAGAGAGAUUCUUAUUGCUGCGCUAUGUUUAAUUUUAUUUGUCAAACUUCUACAAUAGUGUUGUUAUUAAUAAAGAGUUAACAACAGUUCAUUGUCCCCAGCUUUUUUCCAUCUGUGCAUGUAAAUGGAAGAGCAGUUGGGACUAAGGACUAACAGAUGGGCUCAUCGAAGAAACUGUCUAACAUGAUGGUCACUGGUGGUGUCAGCAUUCUGAAAAUAACUAGUCACGAUUGUCAAACAAGCAAUUAAACUUGAUAUCGAUUUAAAAAAAAAAAAAAAA